AUGGCAUGGAAAUUAGAAGGAUGUGCUAUUUUUUUGGUAAUAUUCAUGUUGUUUGCCAUCCAAAUAAGUAAUGCAUCAACAACUUAUAAUGUUGGAGAUAGUAAUGGUUGGACAUUUGGUGUUAGCAAUUGGCCUAAUGGCAAGACUUUCAAAGUUGAUGAUGUGCUUGUAUUCAAUUAUCCUAGAGAAAUUCACAAUGUGGUUAUAGUGAACAAGGUGGAUUACAAUAAUUGUAACCCUUUAGGAAAAAUGUUUAAUUCAGGGAAAGAUGUGAUAACUCUUAAAAAGGGCACAACCUAUUUUAUUUGUGGUGUUCCUGGUCAUUGUGAUGGUGCCCAAAAAAUUGCAAUUACUAGAAGAAUACAGAACUGGGCCAAGCAAAUAACUAAGAAAUACCCAUUGGGCCUAGAAAAGGGAAAUCAAGAAUUGGGCCUUAACCUCACCUCCUUCAUUGAAGUCUAA